AUGGAGCUCUGUGUCACCCAGAGAGUGCCGGCCAUGGAGCUCUGUGUCACCCAGAGAGUGCCGGCCAUGGAGCUCUGUGUCAGCCAGAGAGUGCCGGCCAUGGAGCUCUGUGUCACCCAGAGAGUGCCGGCCAUGGAGCUCUGUGUCACCCAGAGAGUGCCGGCCAUGGAGCUCUGUGUCAGCCAGCGAGUGCCGGCCAUGGAGCUCUGUGUCAGCCAGCGAGUGCCGGCCAUGGAGCUCUGUGUCAGCCAGCGAGUGGCGGCCAUGGAGCUCUGUGUCAGCCAGCGAGUGGCGGCCAUGGAGCUCUGUGUCAGCCAGCGAGUGGCGGCCAUGGAGCUCUGUGUCAGCCAGCGAGUGCCGGCCAUGGAGCUCUGUGUCAGCCAGCGAGUGCCGGCCAUGGAGCUCUGUGUCAGCCAGCGAGUGCCGGCCAUGGAGCUCUGUGUCAGCCAGCGAGUGCCGGCCAUGGAGCUCUGUGUCAGCCAGCGAGUGCCGGCCAUGGAGCUCUGUUUCACCCAGAGAGUGCCGGCCAUGGAGCUCUGUUUCACCCAGAGAGUGGCGGCCAUGGAGCUCUGUGUCGGCCAGCGAGUGGCGGCCAUGGAGCUCUGUGUCGGCCAGCGAGUGGCGGCCAUGGAGCUCUGUGUCGGCCAGCGAGUGGCGGCCAUGGAGCUCUGUGGCGGCCAUGGAGCUCUGUGGCGGCCAUGGAGCUCUGUGGCGGCCAUGGAGCUCUGUGGCGGCCAUGGAGCUCUGUGGCGGCCAUGGAGCUCUGUGCCGGCCAUGGAGCUCUGUGCCAGCCAGCGAGUGGCGGCCAUGGAGCUCUGUGCCAGCCAGCGAGUGGCGGCCAUGGAGCUCUGUGUCAAUUAG